GGCGAUGAGGUCAACGAUGAGUAAGUGUGUGAACCUGUCUAGCUAUUUCACUUGAAACAGUAGUGAAUACAUUUGUCAUGAUUGGCGUUUCCAGUUUGUUCACAUUCCAGAACUCAACCGUCAAAUUCUGAACCUUUGAGAAGAUUCAGAAGGUCACUGGUAGUUUCCUGAACGAAGGAGCAGAUAUGACCAGACCAACGAUGAAGGAACUCUUAUGAUUUACGAAUGCGGUCCGACUUCAACAAAUUGUUAUUUAAAAAGAACGCGGAGCCUUUAUCAUACAAGUAAUAUGAGGAUGAAUAACGUCCACAAGUGCGCGUAAACUGCUGAGGGCAAAAGCCCAGAGGAAAUUCAGUGUCUACUCUGCUCUGAGACUAUCGAAGAACUGGAGCGAGUAGCAUCGCUUGGGCGGAUGAAGAAUCCAUGCGGAGGAUGAAGGUCUAUUUAAGUGUUAAAAGGACAAAAUGGGACUUGCACGUAAUUGUGAGUGUCGAGAGCGAGACGACUACUGGGAAUGUGCAAACUGCCGAGCGCAAGAGCGUUCAAGGGCCUUCCUUAUUGAAAAUCGUGGAGCAGGCACGCCAAUCGCCACCAGGAGAAGUCAAUGCAUGUGUCGCAGUAAUUCAAGUCAGAAUUCAGUAACUAAAAGGAUGGGAAGACCCCAUCAAUCCGUACAUGGAUGAAACGAGAUGUUACUAGGCCCCAUGAUCGGAUAUAUGUCCACUGAAUAUAACUGAUACAACCUAUCUUGCUCUCACGGAGGUUGACGUGAAAAUACACCCUUUCAGGAGAUAGCCAACGCAUCCUUGAGUACAUGCUCAUACUAAGUAAUUUACAACUCUUGGAUUCAACAGCAAAUCAUAUAGACGUAUGUUUCAUCCAAAGUAACACCAAACCCACACAAUUGAGACAUGAGAAACUUGUUACUAGUGAAGAACUAAACGUACGAAUCAAUCCAAGGCGAACUGCUUACCGCUGUAGAAAAUACAAUUGGUGCAAAUUGCAAAUCCAGUGAUUUGCAUGGGUGAACAUACAUGAACAUGCAUAAGUUUCAGAGCAGUAAAGAUGAGCUCUAGUGACUUAUGCGUUUGAUUGAACCCAACAAGAAGUAGUCCGUCCCUUGAAAUACACACUAGACCUCUAGUUGAAUUGAU